CUGUUUGAUCCAUUUUACUUUUAUCUAGAAUGUGGGCCUGUUGGUGUUACAGACAGAAAUGCAAUCUCAGAUGCCAGAAUGACAGCAAGCUCACUCUAUGAUAAAAGGUAUUAUCCGUACUAUGGCCGACUUCAUGAAAACAGGGGAUGGGGAGGAUGGUGUCCCAGGACUAAAACUGACAGAACAGACUAUCUUCAAGCUGAUAUGGGUACAAUGCUGUCUGUUUGUGCUGUGGCCACCCAAGGAGAAAAGAGGUACUGGGAAUGGACAACCAGCUACAAACUGCACCUAUCCACAGACGGUGUAACUUGGAACGUUUACGAGGAAACCAGUACUGCAAAGGUUUGAUCGGCAACUAUUAGUAAUGACUAUAGGACCGCCAAGAGUCCAAUUCAGUGAGUCACAAAAGCGACUGAUAAAAUUGCACCGCUGCAAGUAAGAGUGUGGUUUGUUGCAAUUCACGAGUAUGAUUACUGACCGAACGGUGGGACAAAAAGUCUUGUGACUAAUCUGCCAGAACCAUUGUCAAAUUGAAGAAACAAAAUAGCCAUCAGAGGAUGCAUUCAUAAAUAACAGUUUACUUUAAUUUAAAAAAAAGAUGACCCAAUAGUCUGCUGAUAACAAUCACGAUUUGGAGAUCUUUGCCAAUAUUUUGAAUGAGCCCAAACAGACUGCAAUUGCCAAUAGUAUGCUCUCUCUCUCAGUGAUAAACUGAGGAGUAAAGUUAAAAGAGUGAAAUAGCGAAGUGGUUUCAUUCCAGAGUUUUUAGCAGCUCUCAAGCUUGUAUGUCUUUCACUAUUAAAUAUUUGGAAUUAUCGCAAGUUCUUUUAUUGCGACAAGAUUUAAGAGAAAGGCUACAGUUCUGUCAAAGAUUAUUCAUUAAGAGGUCCCUAUCUAAAGCUACUUUGAUACUUUAAAUGCAGAAUAAGUUUGCUGGCCAACAUUAAUGUAAGUUAGAUCGUCUUCCACACUUCAAGCUUUCCAUAAAACAUUUCCCUUUAAAUUUGCAUUAUGUGUUGCCGAAUUAUAUUAUUUUCUCGUUAUGAUGUAUGCAUUUUUUCCUCUUCCAGGUUUUCCCAGGAAACUCAGACCAACACAGCAUUGUAAAGCAUUCCCUCAUUACUGACGUAAUGGCCAGAUACGUUCGGUUUUAUCCCGUCACCUACCACAAGUUUCCUUGUUUGAGAGUUGAAAUAUAUGUGCGAAAAUGA